CAUUAAAAACUGGCUGGCUCAGAGCUGGGCAGGACUGGUCUGAAGGUGCAGUUGACUCUUGUCCUCUUGAAGUCAAUGGCAUACCUUUUUCCGAUGCACCUAAGCAAGGGCUGCUGAUGUCUGGGGCCGGGGCCAGGGCCAGGGGAAGGGCUGCCCAGCCUUUGUGGCCUCACCAGUUUCCAGCAUAACCUCUUCCCAUGAACGACUCCACCAGAAAUUAGCUUGGUUUUCAUGUUGCUUUCUGAGCUGUGUGAAUUCCAAUGGCUGAAGAAAAAACCUUUCGCUAUGGACUCAUAGUCCUGGGCUUCUUCCUGGUGAUGGUAGGCAUGUUCAUCAUGAGUGUGGAAAAACCUCAGAUCUACAUCACUUUCUGCACCCUGGGGAUCUUGACCGUCGCCGUGGGAGUCACUUGGAGCAUGUGCCAAUGCUACCCAAAGAUCAGAGUUGUUUCUGUUGAUGCCGAGUCUGAGAGGUUCCUUGUCAAGAAGCCAACAGCUUCAUCUAUUGAAAAUCCAGUUCCUGAGAAGAACAGUUCACAGAUGCCUUAUACCAGCCAGAAAGAAGCUGACGUCUAUGAGAAAAGCUUGCCAUCUUAUGAACAGGUCCAGAAGAAUAUGGCAGCUGCUCCAGUGGAAUGUUUGGGAGCUCUGCCUGCUGCUCCCAUCCCAUUGGUCAGAGCAGAAGGACAUAGUCAACCUAUUGUCCAGGCCAAAGCAGAAGUCCACAGGAAUUCUGAGAGUGAUGGCGAUGCCUGCAGGGAUCCAGGGUCCCAGAAGGCAACAAUAAGGUCAUACAGCCAGCCUAUGAAGUUCCAAAGCCAGGCACCACUAGCUUCUCUCCAAGAGGAAAUGGACGCCUCCUCCAUGGAAUCUACUCCCAAUAGCCCACUGCUACAGAAGUGGAAGGUUGCGGCAAGCGCUGUAUCUCCAACAGAAAGCCAGCUUAGGUUCAAACUUCCUUGCUAUGAAGAUUUUGCUUUGAUUGACUCUGUUAUGGUGGAAGAUCAGAAUCAGUCCAUGACACCAGACCAGAGCCAUUGCUUUGUUCCUGGGCCAGCAGGAGAAGGUACAGCUGCCUCAGAACAACCUCGGGUAUUUGAACACAAAGCCAUCCAGAAUGUGGAAGAGGAUGAUAUGUACUAUGGGAUAAAAGAUGGCCCAGAAGAUGACAUCCCGUCUGCUGAGGCUGCUUUUAAACGAAAAGACUGAUAACUGAGAAGGGGGAAUGGGUCAAAUAAAGGGCCGAAAUACUUGACAUUUGGGUUCCCCCCCACCCCAUAUCCAAGGAGUCUGAAGAAAGAAAGGGGAGAAGAGGACAAGGGGAGGACAAGAGAAAAUAGGGCUGGGUGCUGCACCUACUUGUCAUCAAGGAAGAACUUGGUGUGUUAUAUGGUAUGGUUAUAUUAAAUCCCAUGGUGUCAUAAGUAUGUCUUAUUCCA